ACACACCCUUUCGUCUGCCCAGCACACUAUACAACUCAAACCUCUUCUCCCUUACUUUAUUACCGUCGGCUGGCCUCUGUGGUGUCUCUGCUCGGAGAAGAGAAGAGAAGGGGAAGAGAGGAUGUUUCGGCUUAGCAACAACCUCAUCGGGGUGCUCAACUUCAUCACCUUUCUACUCUCGGUGCCCAUCCUGGGCGGCGGGAUAUGGCUGGCCACCCGCGGCGGCGGAACUGACUGCGAGAAGUUCCUGCAGACACCCAUGAUCGUGCUGGGUGCCUUCCUGAUGGCGGUCUCCCUCGCCGGUCUCGUCGGCGCCUGCUGCCGCAACUCCCUCCUCCUCUGGAUCUACCUCUUCGUCAUGUUUAUCCUCAUCCUCCUCCUCUUCUUCUUCACCGUCUUCGCCUUCGUCGUCACCAAUAAGGGCGCCGGCCAGGUCGUGUCCGGCCGCGGCUACAAGGAGUACCGCCUCGGCGAUUACUCCCACUGGCUUCAGAAGCGGGUGGAGAAAACCAAGAACUGGGCCAAGAUCCGCACCUGCCUCUCCGACGCCAAGGUCUGCCGGAGCCUGCAGGAGGCCAGCCUGUCCUUCGAUCAGUUCAUCAAGGACAACCUCUCGCCCAUCCAGUCUGGAUGCUGCAAGCCUCCCUCAGAAUGCCGCUUCGACUACGAGAACGCAACCGUGUGGAAUAAGCCGGCCGCCGGCUUCGCCUCAAACAACACCGACUGCGAGACGUGGAACAACGAUCAGUCGACCCUCUGCUACGACUGCAGCUCCUGCAAGGCCGGCGUCAUUGCCAACAUCAAGGACAAGUGGAAGAAGAUCGCCAUCCUCAACAUCAUCUUCCUCGUCUUCCUCGUCAUCGUCUACUCCAUCGGCUGCUGCGCCUUCAGGAACAACAGGCGGGACAACGCAUGGAAAGGAGGAUACCCUUAGAAGAUGAUCCUCGGAUUCCCCAGCUUUACUAGUCUUCCCCCUUAUGCUUGCUUUGUACAUCCCGGUGCUGACUGCUACUUUCCAUUUAGACUAUGCUUCGUUGUUGGUGUACGUUGGAGACCUCAUGUUCACUGUUAUAAAAAUAUCUAGCUUCGAGUA